ACAAGACAGGCUGCAGCAACAUGCCUGAGUGGGUUGUUCCUGAAGAAGAUAUCUUCAUACUGGACUGAGGGCCUGAAGAAGCAGAUCACAUGUAACUUUGCAUAGAAAGUGCAAUCUACUGCUUAUUAGUGUCAGACAUGAUCCUGUGGAUGAGAAGACUUUUAAAGUGGAACUCCCUUCGAAGUUCUGCCACAUGCACACCCCGUGAUACACCAUGACCCUCAGCUUUCCCCUGCUCUGUUUGGAGCUGCCUGACAAAUACCACCUUUUUAGCUGAGGGAUGGCCUCUUUGGAUCUUCCUUAUCGUUGCCCAAGGUGCGGUGAGCACAAACGUUUCCGGAGUUUGUCCUCUCUUAGGGCCCACCUGGAAUAUAACCACACCUAUGAGACCCUCUAUGUCUUGUCGAAGACCAAUAGCAUAUGUGAUGCUGCUGUCUUUCCCUUAACUAGUGAAACUGCUUUGAUAACCCCAACCCACCGCAGGGACGUAUUCGAAAGUACAUCCUUCCAGGGAAAGGAGCAGAGGUUUACCUGUGACAUUGUCCAAACUGAAGACUUUAGUCCACCAUCUUCUCGUUACGCACAAGAAGUGGAUAUCCCCUUAGGUGAGAUAUUCACCAAGACGACCAGCAUGGCAUCCCAUUCCUCGCCACCGGCUGCGGUGGCUGCUGCUGCUGCAGCAUCGGCCGCUGUGGAUGCUGCCUAUGAGGAAGGCUUGGCGAGGUUGAAGGUGAGAGCCUUUGAAAAGCUAGAAGUGGACAAGCGGCUGGAGAAACUAACUGAGGAAGUAGAGCAAAAAAUAGCAACCCAGGUAGGGCGGCUACAAGUAGAACUUGAAAGGAAAAGCUCGGAGCUUGAAAAAGCCAAACAAGAGAGCGUAAGAUUGGGCCAGGAAAAACAGGAGUUGGAGGACAGAGCCUCGGAGCUUACCCGGCAAGUUGAUGUCAGUGUGGAGAUGCUGGCCUCACUCAAACAGGACCUGGUUCAGAAAGAGCAGGAGCUAACCAAGAAACAACAGGAGGUGGUGGAAAUUGACCUAUUCCUGAAGGAGACCGCAAGCCGUGAAGCCAACGCUAAAGUGCGGCUGCAGCAGUUCAUAGAGGAGCUCCUGGACCGGGCAGACAGGGCCGAGAAACAACUGCAGAUCAUCAGUAGUUGUGGAAGCACCCCUAAUGGCAGUUUAGGAAGGGGCAGCGUCCCCGGGUACAAGGCAGCACCCAGACAGAGAGAGAGACACACUGGAGCCGGAUCAGUUACUCAGAACUCAUAUUCAGUGGCCAAUCAAAGGCCUCCCUCCAGCAUUGGGGCAUCGGGUAGAGUGAAGACCAUGUCACAGAGCUCCGGAUGUUAUGAUAGUGAUGGUGGAGCAGAGCUGGUAGCAGCAGACAACAGCUUGGAGAAUCGAUACUCAAGAAAUAAUCAAGCGUUAGAUAGCAGCUUUGAAAGGAAUAAUAAUACUCAGAGCUCAGGCCUUCGCCGGCAGGCUAUCCAGAACUGGCACCGUCGGCCAUACCGUAACAGCACCGAGGGGGAGGAAGGCGAUAUCUCUGAUGUGGGAUCCAGGACUACCGAAUCAGAGGCUGAGGUUUGGGAACAGGAGAGUUAUGGAUCCGCUGAGCUCAACUCAAACAGAAUGUCAGGAGGAUGCCGGCCAAAAGGUCGCUGUGAAGGUCGAAUGCAGAGGCCAGAAAAGGGGAGUCCUUCUCGAUCUAAUGAAGUCAUCAGCCCUGAAAUCUUGAAGAUGCGAGCGGCAUUGUUCUGCAUCUUCACCUACCUCGAUACAAAGACUUUGCUGCGGGCAGCGGAGGUCAGCAGGGAUUGGAAGUUUGUAGCCAGGCAUCCAGCCGUAUGGACUCGGGUGUUCUUAGAAAAUGCAAGAGUGUCUGCGAAGUUCCUGGUCACGCUGUCUCAGUGGUGCACUCAGACUCACUCACUGACCCUUCAGAACCUCAAACCCCGGCAACGAGGAAAGAAAGAAACCAAGGAUGAAUACAUGAAGAGUACGCGGGGUUGCCUCGAAUCUGGCCUGGAAUCAAUGCUGAAGGCAACAGGGGGCAACCUCCUGAUCCUGCGUAUAUCCCACUGUCCCAAUGUCCUGACUGAUCGAUCGCUUUGGCUGGCCAGCUGUUACUGCCGAGCUCUGCAGGCUGUUACAUACAGAAGCUCCACUGAUCCUGUUGGCCAUGAAGUUAUCUGGGCAUUAGGAGCUGGUUGCAGAGAUAUCAUUUCCCUCCAGGUGGCGCCAUUGCACCCUUGCCAACAGCCAACGCGCUUUAGUAACCGCUGCUUACAGAUGAUUGGACGAUGCUGGCCACACCUCCGGGCACUUGGUGUGGGGGGAGCUGGCUGUGGGGUGCAGGGUCUCUCAUCACUAGCACGGAACUGCAUGAGGCUACAGGUACUUGAGUUGGACCAUGUUACAGAGAUCAACCAGGAGGUGGCAGCAGAGGUGUGUCGGGAAGGUCUGAAAGGACUGGAGAUGCUGGUAUUGACUUCCACCCCAGUCACCCCAAAAGCUCUCUUACAUUUUAACAGUGUGUGUCGCAGUCUGAAAUCUAUUGUGGUGCAAGUUGGGAUUGCGGAUUACUUCAAGGACCCGAGUAGCCCUGAGGCCAGGAAACUAUUUGAAGAAAUGGUCAACAAAUUACAGGCUCUGAAGAAGAGGCCUGGGUUCUCGAAGAUCCUACACAUUAAAGUAGAAGAAGGCUGCUAGCCAAAUUAAGUAUUAAAUAGACACUGGUCUAUGUGAUCUCGAGGUCUCCUGUUCACUCAAAUACCAAGAGCUAACUGUGCAGUCUCCCCAUGGGAAAAUGCCACAAGUCCUGUUGCCAAAUAUACAUUUAUAGAAGCGUGUCUGGAACGCCCUUCAAGGCACAAGUGUUCUGUAGAACAAGAAGGGCUUGGAGAGAAGCAAAUCCACCUUGGACCUCUCCUUCAGCACUGGAUGGUAACACCAAACUUCAGGGUCCUUUACCUAGACUUUUUUUUGUUGUUGUUCAUGUUGUCUGUUUAUCGAGAUUGCCAAGAAACACAGCAUUAGCUUCGCUCCGAAGGAUGUAGCAUUACAGAACAUUUCUGAUGAGCAUUGCCAAGAAUGCCUGUGUUUAAUAAUUUAUGUUUCUGUCGAGUGAG